CUUCACACAGCCCCCCUGAGCGCCACAAAUUUAGCGAGGCGGCGUGGCUGACAAUAGUGGGGCAUGGGCGUAAGAGGGGAAACUUGCAUCCGACUUCUGUCUUCACUCACAAUCCAAAGCAGUAAUUCAACCGUGUCAAGAUCAGACUGGUCUACUCGUCCUCUACUCAGAAGCAUCAUCACAGGGCCGAAGUCGAUUUUCGGAAGUGCUUUUACUACAACUCGGCUCAGAAGCGGCUCGAGUGUUUCCCUCGGCACCAUCAAUCCGGCUGGCCAUAUGCUCAGCAGAUAGGUACCUCUCCAAACAGAAUGGACCCAAGUUUCUAUAGGAACUUGAGCAUGAUGUAUGCAAGAGAUCAAGGUCUGAACCAACCUAAUCAAGCUGCUCCCCAAGAACAACAACCAGAUCGCAUGGACAUGAGUUCGGGCAACAAAACCGCCGCCUCGCCAGACACGAAUUGGACAGUGUAUGGCCCAGACGUGUCGAGAGGCAAUUUUCAAGACGUCACAAAGAAAGCCGAUGAUAGUGAUCCGAGAAUGCGUGUAGGGUGGGCUUCGGACUCUAGUAGUAAGCCGAAUGGUGUCGGAGAGAUGGGAUGGAUGUCAACGCGGGAUCAGCAGCCUCUGCUGUGGUCAAUGCCAGAUACCGAAGCUACACCCCGAGCCUCAGACCAGGCGUCUCAUUAUCCCUACCCAGAUCUAUCACUUCCUCAUCCAAGCUUGCACCUAGACUUCCGUAUGGCCGUUACUCUCAACCCACGUAUCUCAGUAGGCCCUACACCGUUCGGCCACCGGAAUUGGAUAUCCUUCACCGGAGGCAAAUGGUCAGGCUCCUGGGGCUCAGGAAUCUGUUUAGUGAGUCGCAUUACCCCACCAACUCUUCCGAUUCCUUCAUCCAUCCAUCCAUCCAUACAAAAGUACAUCCCUACUCACACUUUCCAGCCCGGCGGUCAAGACAGCCAACUCAUCAUAAGCGACGGCUCCGCCCACCUCCAAACAAACUACAUCCUCCAAACUUACGACGACCCACCCGCUCACAUCGUGGUCAAAACGCACGGGUGGCGGACAGGACCGCCUGAGAUUCUCGCGCAGCUUCUGGAUCCCGAACAGGCUGAUAGGGUGGAUCCGAGUAGUUAUAAGUUUCGAAUUUUUAUUGAGAUGGAGACCGGGGAUGAGAGGUAUAGGGAUAAGGUUAAUUGUGGGAUGUGGGUGGGGAGUGGGAUGAGGAAGGGGGCGGAGGUGAUUUAUGAUGCAUAUCGACUUUCGUGAGAUUUGUUGUGGAGGUAGAAUAUUUUACAGGGAACAAGAGUUUUGACUUUUUAAGGAUGUGCUUGUUAGAGGAAACAUUCCAGAACUUUCAUCUUGGCACCUUAAAUUUCACAGGAACUCUCAUCCUUUGUUGCACAUCGCAAGUAAUAUCGCCUAUAAUUAUAUAGGGUAUAGCGCAUGCCAAAGCCGUCAAGAUUCAUAAAAAUAAGACACGAAUGUUAUUUGCC